CGGAUUCGUAUUCCCGCUUCAAGCGAUAAACGAAUUCGAAACUUUGAAAAAUAAAAAAGAAAAUCUUCCUCAGCCCGCCAUUGCUAACCAACGAACCCUUCUGCCCUUCUUCUUAACGGCCCCGCCGCCCUCUCUCCGCCGCAUCUUUCACCCCUUUCUUCAUUUCCAUUUCCAAACUUUUAUUACACAAGCGUAAUUUCAACUCAGAGGAAUAGGACUCCAUCCCGAGAUGGCCUUAAGGGAAUCUGGGCCGGCUUACUCCCGCAAACAGAAAUCUCUCGGUCUACUCUGUUCCAAUUUUUUGAGCUUAUACAACCGAGAGGGCGUUGAAACUAUUGGGCUGGAUGAUGCGGCAACGCAGCUAGGGGUUGAGAGAAGGCGGAUAUAUGAUAUUGUGAAUGUUUUGGAAAGUGUUGGUGUUCUUGCGAGAAAGGCUAAGAAUAGAUAUACAUGGAAAGGAUUUGUUGUUGUCCCAAGAGCUCUCCAGGAGCUGAAGGAAGAUGGCCUAAGAGAGAGUUUUUUUGCAGUUGAUAGAAAUUUCACACCUCAAGUUACAGAGAAUAAAGAUGAUGUCAUGCAUCAACCUAAAAACUGUCCUAGUCAGGGUGGAAUUUCAUGCUACCAGGUUACAGACAAUGAAGAUGAUGUUGUGCAACAAUCUCAACACUGUGCUACAAGUCAGGGUGAAAAAUCAGAACUCACAUUGGCUGCCAGGCUUGAUAAUAGAAAGGAGAAAUCUUUGGGGCUUCUCACGAAGAAUUUCAUCAAACUUUUUCUCUGCACUAAUAUGGAAACAAUUUGUCUGGAGGAGGCUGCAAAGUUAUUGCUGGGGGAUGGAAGGUCUCCAUCAAUGACAAAAAACAAAGUUAGAAGACUGUAUGACAUUGCGAACGUUCUUUCCGCAAUGAAAUUCAUUGAGAAGACUCAACACCCGGAAACAAGAAAGCCUGCUUUUAGAUGGCUGGGGUUGAAAGGCGAACCAGAAAAUGUAUCAGCUCACAUGUCAGACCAUGAUUUGGUUUGUGAUUAUCAUCAAUCCAGUAAAAGGGUGUUUGGCGCUGAUAUCACUAAUAUUCCUCCCACUAAGAGAAGCAAAUCGUUUCUUCUUCCCUCAAUGGAUAGUAGUGGUGGCGGAGUAACAGAGACAAAGCUGCUAUCCCAAAUCAAAAGUGAGAAUGUGGAUUGUGUGGCCAAUUUGGAUACUGGUUCAAGAACAAGUGCUUAUAAGAGCUAUCACUUUGGUCCCUUUUCUCCUACUGCAACUAUGCCCAAAGUUGAAGAUCAGGAAAGUAGCCAAAGAUCCAAAAUAAUUAGUGCCUGUGAAAGUUUAGGAUCGACUUAUCGCCCAGAAUAUCAAAACCAAGAUGUAAGAGAUCUGUUUUCUCAUUACAUGGAAGCAUGGAGCUCUUGGUAUUCUGAAGUUGCCAGGAAGAAUCCUAUCAAUGUGCUAUCUUAGUUACAUGCUAUGAUGCCAAGUGCUGACACACCUUGUUGUUUUGGGUGGAACGGAAGAGACAAUAACAGUUCCCGUACAAAUGAUGAUGGCCUGAUCGGUAUUGAAUGCAUAUUGUCAUUGUAUCAACUUGUUGAGCCCCCUUUACAGAUAGAAGAUUGCUUUAGAAUAAUUACUAUGUUGAGCCCUAUAGACAAAAUUUUGUCCGGAAAUGUUUAUCUUUUAUUAAUGCUUAAAAUAAAAAAAACUCACCCUUACCCCUCCUGAACCAAUGUCAUAAUUAUUAGGGUGGACUGUAUUUUAACUGUGGG